AAGCUAGAAAAGCAAUACAAAAUAAAUACAGAGACUUACUUGCAACACAAUUAGAAACAAAAGGUCAAAUGAUAAUUGAAAAAAAUAUUGAAAUGCAAUUAUCAAAAAAUCAGUUACAAAUAAAAACUAAACUACCACCUCCAAGACUAGAAUUACCCAAAACAGGGUAUAGAGAAGAAUAUCAAUAUCCUGGACCUCCAAGAUCGCCACCAAAAUCACCAACAGAAUCUGAUAAAUCAUCAAUUGAUAGCGAUGCUUCUAAAAGAAAAAGAAGGUGGAUGCCAUCAAUAACUGGAAGAUUAAGACCUUUAUCUCCCACAGGAGGAUGGAAACAAGUGUUUGGAGAAUCAGGAUCCUCAAAACAACAUACCCAUAGCCCCAAAAAACUAUCAAGCUUAAGAAACACUGUAGACCUUACAAAUAAUCCUGAUAUAGUAUUACUAAUAUCAAUUCAAAAUAAUCAGCAAAUAAGAAAUCCAAAAUAA